CAGGCCCCCAGAAAUCGAGAAAACCCUUAAACAUCCAUCAAGAAUUUGCAUGUCUUCGUUCGUUUGCGCUGAAAAUGAAAUAAACAACUACAUGAGCCACGCCAUAAAUGUCAAACUGAGGAAUCUGCAUUAAGUCUUAAGCACUCUGCCGAUUAAAAUACCUCGAGUAUCCUCACCAGACAGAUUCUCGCAGCAACCGUGUUUUAAAGCCCCAACUGUUUUCAUUCCGAUAUUGGGAAAAUUUUCAAGAGAAAAAUGUCGAACGAGACAGCCACCACAAGCAUACAGUCCAAGCAAACCGUCUCCAAGGUCCAGGAGUACAAAGAUACUCUGAUCCAGAUGACAGAGCUGCUGGUGACCAGGCGCUUUCCGGAGAUAAUCGUGCAGCUGAACGAGCUGCUCACAACCCCCAUGUUCAAGGAGCGCAAUGUCGAAGAGAUACAUCAGGAUGUUAACAUACCGGUCCUGCCGCCGGAUCUUGUACAAAAUCAUAGCGAUAGCAGUGAUAGCGAUAGCGAUGGCCAUGGCGAUGACCAACCGGAGAAGAAGCGUGCUCGCAACGAUAUUGUGGUGGGGUGCCCAGUACUGGCGCUGCCAAGCGGCUCCGUGUCUUGCAACCAGUCGAUCUGCGAGAUAAUCGACGUGGUCAAGCCCAAGAUCCGCGCUCUGAUAGAGCAUGCCAAUGUCUUGAAAAUGUGGAUAUCGUUCAUGAUACCGAAAAUCGAGGACGGCAACAACUUUGGCGUCUCCGUCCAGGAGGACACUCUCACCGAAAUUCGAGCCGUCGAAUCGGAUGCGGCCACCUGGUUCUUCCAGAUCUCGGCCUACUUCCGCUCGCGUGCCAAGAUCGUGUCGAGUCUGGCCAAACAUCCGUACAUCGAGGACUACCGACAAGCCGUCACCGAGCUGGACGAGCAGGAGUACCUCAAUCUGUGGCUCGUGGUGUCCGAGGUUCGCAACCACUACUCCUCGCUUCACGAUUUAGUCGUCAAGAACUUGGAGAAGCUUAAGAGGCCGCGCAACGCGAACACCGAGAGCUUGUACUAGAUAUAUCGAGGAUGUAACAUCUAAAACUAUAAGAGAUCCUUCCAAAAGAGUAAUAAUAACAAUACAAUUCAAAGUAAAGUUAAAAGUUAAUUAAUUAACCCAUUAAUAAUUAUAAUAACGUACGUCUCGUGUCUAUAAUGUCUUGUGGCUAAAUGUCUGCUUUUUUUUUGUUAUUAGAUCGCUGCUAGAGCGAAUUGAAUGGCUGCAAAGAACUUAAUCUGCAAUGACCAGGUACAUCAAUGUUUUUUUAAGUUUUAAGAUGUUUUAACUUAGACAAAACAAAACCGAAUUUACCUAUAUUAAGAGGAUUUUGGUUUGGAAUAACAUGAUAUUAAAUUAUUAAUACAAUUAAUGAUAAGUACUACUCCCAGCUGCUGGUUAUUUAUCUAUUCCAUUUCAAAUUUAAGUUUCCAUGUCAUUUGAUUGGAAUUUUAAUGACACAUGAUACAAUUUUUUAAUGAAUCAAAUGAUAUUGAUUUCCUCAGAAUAAGAAUAAUAACAGUACAGAAAUUGAUUUCCAUGAAAACAUUCAUAAAUUGAGCCAACUUUUGUUGAAAGAAACCUUUUGUUGUGGAAGUUGUUUUUCUUGCAAAUUGUUUCUUUAUGAUUCUCUUCCGAGACUGCUCGGUUCUAAAAAGUGGU